GCUCUCCUCCGUCGAACAGCUACAUCAGAUCGUCAAAAUGGCUCCUACCAGAAAGAAGUGGUCCAAGGGCAAGGGGUAUAUAGUUAAGGACAAGGCCCAGCACGCCGUCGUCCUUGAGAAGCAGGUCGCCGAGCGCCUCAACAAGGAUGUCCAGUCCUACCGUCUGAUCACUGUUGCCACCCUGGUCGACCGUCUCAAGAUCAACGGCAGCUUGGCCCGCCAGUGCCUUGCUGACCUCGAGGAGAAGGGCCAGAUCAAGAAGGUUGUCAGCCACUCCAAGAUGACCGUCUACACCCGCGCCGUCACCGCCGAGUAAAUGUCUUGACGCUAUGAAAUGAAUUCCUCGCGCGUCCUGUUUU